AUGCCGUCGGUGAUGGAGAAGCCCUCGGGGAUCCUGUCCCGCAGCCGGGCCAAGGCGGGGGGCGCCGCGGGACCCCCCCACUCUGAGGACGAGGCUCUGGGGAUGCUGCUGUGGCACAAACACGACGUGGAGAAGUCCUUGGCCGACCUGGCCAACUUCACUCCCUUCCCGGACGAGUGGACGGUGGAGGACAAGGUUCUGUUCGAGCAGGCCUUCAGCUUCCACGGCAAAAGCUUCGCCCGCAUCCAGCAGAUGCUCCCGGACAAGCUCAUCCCCAGCCUGGUCAAAUAUUAUUACUCGUGGAAGAAAACGCGGUCCCGCACCAGCGUCAUGGACCGCCAGGCCCGGCGCCUGCUGGGCCGCCGGGACCGCGACGACAGCAACGAUGAGACCGACGAGCACCGACCCAACCCCGAUGGGGACGUGGAGCCUGCAGACCCCAAAAAAGAGGUUUGGGGUCACAGGGGGGAGCCGUGCUACCCCAAGGCGGGGCCGCGCCCCAAGGCGGAGCCGCAGUACCGGCACCACCCCCCAGCGCGGCAGCGGCGCCGCCCCCCCCGCGGGAUGCGCCUGAGCCGCGAGGACGUGGCCGAGGUCACGGCCAACCCCGACCUGGGUGCGCGGGCCCUGCGCCAGCUCGACUGCCAGCUGGUGGCCCUCAAACGCCAGGUGCAGCGCAUCAAGCAGAUCAACAGCGGCCUCAGGCAGGCGCUGGACGGGGGCCUGGAGGGGCUGCGGCCUCCUGAGGGCAGCAGCAAGUUCAGCUCCCGCUGGACCACGGAUGAGCAGCUGCUGGUGGUGCAGGCCCUGCGCCGCUACGGCCGCGAUUUCCCGGCGGUCGCGGCCGUGCUGGGCAACAAAACAGCGGCGCAGGUUCGGAGCUUCGUGCUGGGCCCCCGGCGCCGCCUCGGCCUCGAGCGGCUCCUGCAGGAGCGCCAGGGCCAGGGGGAGCCCCCGGGAGCCGCCCCCGGGGACCGCCCCGAGCCCGGGGAGGAUGAGGAGGUGAGGAAGGGCUGCCCUGGGAAUGGGGGCGGGUCUGAGUCCCAGUCCCUGUCUGGGUGCUUGGACUGGGCCCAGAUCCACAUCAGGGCCAGUCCCCCACCCUGCCCACAUAAUGACUCCAUCCCAAUCAAUUAA